CACCCUCUCACCCCAUGUAGGCCAAUCACCCACGCCAUCUCCCUCCCUCAUAUCUCAAUCCGCCGCCGCCCCAACCCUAGCCCAACCCAAUCCGCCGCCGUCCUCUUCUCCAGUCGCACUGGCGACCUCCAACCUCAUCGCCGGCAGCCCCUCCCCUCUCCUCCUAGAUCCACUCGGGCUACUCAUGUCGUGGCCAUCCUCUCUCUCCUCUCUCUCCACCGCACACCACUCCUCUCUCUCCCCCAUGCAGCGAACCCUAGCGCUCCCCGAUCCAGAUCCCUCCCCUCCCCUCGCCGCCAUCCACCGCCGCUCGCCGCCGGCCUCGACCCCCUCCCUCCCCUGCCCUCCAAACACUGUCGCCUGCCAGAUCCACUGCAUCCCCCACCCCGGCCUCUCUCUCCCGUACUGCACGCCGCCGCCACACACGGCAUCGCGCAACAAGGGGCUCGCAUCGCUCCGACCAGAUCCGAUUGGCGCCUCCCUGGCCUCGGAUCAGGCCUGCACGACCCGGGUGCCACCACCGGGAGGCGUGGAUUCAUGCGUGCUCCGGUUGCGGGUUCUGACCAUCCUCGGCGUCAUGUCCUCAAGGUCUCCUCUCUGCGCCUCAGUCCCUAUUUGGUUUGCUCUCUCCCCUGCCCUGAUGCGGCCGGUUCUCCAUACACAGGUGCACGAGAGACCUCGUCUCCACUCCAAGGCCAUUCGUGCUGGCGUAGAUUGGCGUGCUCGCACGCGUUGGAUGGACGGAGGGGACACUGACCUCCUCCGCCGGGUCUCCCAAGAGGCCGCGCAUCCUGCCGCGACCACCUCUACUGCGCGACGGUGGUGGCCGACCUCCAAUGCGACCGCUGCAUCGCCAGUAACCUCUUCGCAAUGGCAACCCAAGCAGGAACCUCGGCUACUCCUCGUUUAAGUCCCCAAGUGGUAGGAUACUCUGUUCACGGGAGUCACCAUCUAGGCAUGCUUGCUGCUUCACCAGAAUGCUGCAUUGUUCUUUAGCUAUCAAUUGUCUGUGUAGAUUGACUGUAUCGAGUUGAGGGCUUGAGGCAGGCUGUAGGUGAUUAGAAAAACCACCUGUUAAGUAAGAUUGGCUGUAGUGUAUGCUCUGAACAUAAGCUUGUGCUGCUGCCAGUGUAGUGUAUGCUGUGAACACAAGAUCCUUGACUUGCUCUGGUUUGGUUAAGACUGAUGAUGCCGUGGAUAAGAAAACAAUUUAAAAGGUCUGUUGAAACAAGGUGGAAGCAUGUUCUUCUUGCAACGUACCCUAAACCCCUAAACCCUUUUUAUUUGAACUUCUUAGUUAUGUUCUGGAGUCUGGAAUUUUUGAAUCAAUAUCUAUCUGAUUAAUUCAUGCCUUGUUUUGUUUUUUAGUUUGUUUCAAAACAUAUAUGUGGUGUAUCUGAUUAGUUAUGUUGUAAAAGAAUGCUUGUCUCUGACACUGUUAUUCUUAUGUUGAUAUAUGAGCCCAGUUUUGUGUGUUUUGAAUCAAUAUCUAUCUGAUUAAUUACUGAUCAUGGUGAGCUAGAUCCAAACAAACAAGACACUUACAUUAACUUGGCACUUUGAGUCCUUGUAAUUCUGAUAGUGUGGAACUAUAUUUUGUACACAUAGUCAACUAGUUUUCGUUUUAUAUUUGCUUGCUUAUGUGGAACUAUAUUUUCUCAUUUUUCUAAUUAUGACAUGGAUGAUAUGAAAUAUCAGAAUUGUUUCUGUUACAUGGUGUGCUGCAGGAAAGCCCGUGUGUAGGUUUAUUGUCUCGUAAUUGGGCAAUUAUUUUCUUGCAGGGGGCCACCCGUUCGAGCUCGCUUUGACCCUCUUUUGCUCUGUAGUGGUCCUGGUACAUGAAAAGAAGGUCCUUUUAAAUGUUUUGCUUCCUUGGUUGCAUUCUGCUGUACACUCAAAAAUAUUUUCAAUUUAGUGACAAGCAAACAAUAAAAUAGUCAAAAGGCUUUUAUUUAAUGUGCUUUUCGAAAAUGAAAAUGUGUUGUGAUGUUCUCCUCUUUCUGUUGACAUGUAUGUUGAAUAAUAUCAAGCCAUAAUUAUAGUCCCUCCAAGACAUGCUCAAAUGUAGUCGCACGUACAGAUUUGUGUGUCUGAGGUACAGUUUUAAGAUGAGAUACGUAUAUAUGGAACUCAUGUAAGGGAAUUAGAAAUAGAGAAAUAUAUAUGUAUGGGUACCUCGGCUAUUGGAAAUACCAACUAUACAAUCAUCUUGUUAAUUACUACACAUCAUAUAGAUUUUGUAGUGUAUUAAUCUCAUUGGGUAGAGUGGCCUACUUGCACACUUUUAUUGACUCGUUGGUUGCUGAUUACUUUCGAGCGAGUAGCACAUGUCUCAAGCAACUGUAGUAUUCCUUUCCCUGAAUUGCUCCCUUGUUUUGCUGUGGCCGUAUGCUCCAUGGUCAAUGAUGCGUGCUGUAUACAUAUUAAAACCAAAAUUGGAGUAGUUUCAGUCGUGCAUAUUAGAACUGAAUUAUGCUCUGUUUUGCUGUAGUUGUAUGCUCUUAUUGCUGAAUUGUUUAGUGGGUUGUACAAACUAAACUCGUCCAGUGAGCUUGCUAUGAUGUAUUGUAUAUUGCUGUACUUAAGACGUCUUGUAGAAUUUGGGCCUGAGCAAUCUGGAAUUUGGUUGUUGUUUGAGAUUAAUCUUUCCGAGCCAUUAGAGUGGGUUCAAGGAUGGAUCUGCCCAUUCAUUGUGCAGAGGAUCUUCUAAUUUACCACUUGUCUACUAGUACAUUAGUUAUCAUGAACCUACAUGCUCCCUUCUCUGCAAAGUAAAAACUAAAGAGGUUCCUUAACUUCAUAGCCAAGUUAUGACAGCAGUUUGAUAUUCCUUUUGCUACCACAUGUCCUUUAGUCUUUAACUCUCUGAUGCUGCUUUCCUUCAUCAUGCAGGCACGCCCCGAUGCUCCCCUCGCUUUGGGCACCCAAUGCCAGGCAGGCUGUGGAUGCCCCGGACCUCAAGGCCGGCCGUGCUACUCCAGCUGCUCUUGCCCCGGCCAUGCUCAACUUCGCUCCUGGUCAGUUGCCGCAGGUGAGACACUUGCCUCCAUGCUUGGGUGAUUCUACCUGCUCACUUAGUAUCAUACUUGAAUCUAUGCACGAAUUUCACAAGUUUGGAUGCAUCAUAGAACUUGUGGUGAACCUGUUACAGUGAUGUUCAUUGAUGACCUGCACUUGUACCAAUGUAUCAUGCUGCUAUUUGGCAAGUCAGUUUCACAUUGCAUGUGGAUCUUAAACUUAUACAGUAAGCUUAGUUAUUUGCAUAUGUAAAAUAUGUUGACAAAGUGUUAUGUUGGAUUACCGCCUCAUGUUGAUGGCAUUGUCUCUAAACAUUUAAUAAUGUUUCUUUUUGCUGUGACGGAAGACCAGAAGAGGCAUUGAGAUGUGCACCACAGUUUUAGUUGAUGUUGCACCAUGUUUUGGUGCUUGUGUAUCUGUUUUUGCUUGUAAGCACACUUGUAUGUGCAUGUGUAUCGUGCUUGUGUAUCUGUUUUUGCUUGUUUAAGUUGAUGUUGGACGUGCGGACUUGUAUGUGCUGUUGUGUGUAUUUGGCUAAAUGAUUCUAAAUUUAAUCAUUUAAUCAAGAGAA